GGGAGCUGCGGYGGCGACAGGCCRUUUAGUUGGUUCAUCGUGGAUUGUWUAAACCCUGUUGCAGGCUCCCCGAUUCACACAAGUCUUACAAUUCUCCUUGCAGUUGCAGGUGUUGGGUUCGGGGCUGCCCUCUCUCACUGUUUGUACUUGCUCGRSCACGACGACAGUGGUGCCAUGGCGGGAAAUGUGACACGCAGGAACUACGUGUUCGAGAGGCAUGUGCUCAUCCAGAGCUUGGAUAGGACGGAGGCGGAGGUCGCACGGCUGCAUAGGUUCCUGGUUACGAGGGCCGACAACUUCACAAUCAYACUGAGGAGCGGGGGGAGUGAACACACGACAGACAUAUCCUUGGAGAACAUACAUGCUCGCCGCUGGGCUUCCUCCGUGUUGAGACGGYUGYGCGAGUCGCGUGACGCUCUACGCCAAUGUUGUGACGAUGUUGUCGGCAACAAUAUGCAGCUACGCCGACAGCUUGAUYGUUGGAGACGUGCGGCUGAGGACAUGCGGGAAAGAUUUGAGCAUGCUUCCCGUGCUUUGGACACUGCUGUGCAGCAGAGGGAUGAUGCCAUGCGCAGGUUGGAGUCCGCUGAGGAAGAGUUGAGAGUGGCGCGGGCUCAGGCAGAGAUAGCAUGGCGGUUUUAUGACGAGGUGCUCCACGGCGUAGCAUGUGAAGGCAUGACAGAGGGUGAGCAGCUGGCAACGCAGUUGGACCGCUUGUGGGUUUCGGGGAAGGGGAAAGGGAAGGAGGCUUCGACGUCGCAAGCUUCUUCCUGUAGUGCCUGCGACGCCAACCGCGCCGCUUUGUUGGAGAAGGAGAAAGAAAUUGCGAGUCUGCAAUUCCAGAUAGAAAUGUACCAGUACCCGAAGUCGUUUUGGGAAGAGUGGGACAGGGAAUUCGCUGAGUUCUGUGCAAACAUGGGGUUGCCUCAUGCACCCCUUCAGUCACGAUCGACGUAGACACGUGAGAGAGAGAGAGAGAGAGAGAGAGAGAGAGAGAGAGAGAGAGAGAGAGAGAGAGAGAGAGAGAGAGAGAGAGA